UUAAUUAUAUUCCAGUUGUAAUAUGAUAAAUUAAGUGGAUUAAUUACAAUUAAAUCAAUUUUUUUACGUUAUAAUAAGUGUUAAUUUAUCGCUCUUGUAAUUUUUAAGAUUGGGUUGCUUCAAUCAACUUUUUAGUUAACUUUAACCUGCGCAAAAUGCAAUGUCAUGUCGAAACGACAGCGUCGCGCAGGUUAAAGUUAACGUUAAAAGUUGAAGGUGCAAUUCACCCUAAGUGCUAAUUUGUUAUAACUCGUAAGAAAAAUGACAAGAUUUUAUGCAACAGUUGAAGCGUAUUUUAUAACUACAAUUCUUAUUGGCUUUGCGCAGCUAAGCUACACACCACCCGCUGAGAUAGGCGUGCCUUCCGGUUUACUGCCAGAAUGUCCAGGUGUUCUGAAGAAUGCUAGCAUUAGACCGAAGACAAUGCGUCGUCUCCAAGUGAUCUCAUACCAGAAAUCAACUCAUGGUGUCAUAAAAAAAGUUCUACCUGUCACAGAGGCAGCUAAAUUGGUGGCUAAUGAUAAAAAUAUUGAUCUAAAAAACAAGAAGACCGUGCUGUACGCGGUGGGCUAUCUUGAAUGGUCAGACCUGCCGGACAGCAAGAACCUCGCAAGCUUCUACGUCAACAAAGGGUACAAUGUUUUUGUCACCGAAACCCAUGACUUUCUCAAUUUAAUUUAUCCAAAAUCUGUUCGUCUAGCUAAAGUCAUUGGAAAGAAACUAGGUGAAUUCUUAGUCCAAUUAACAAAACAAGGCAUGAACGCUAAGAAUCUAGAAUUGCUCGGCAUAAGCCUUGGAGCACAUAUAGCUGGUUACACUGCAAAACACUACUAUUCCGUUACAGGAAUGAAACCUACAAGAAUCACUGGACUUGAUCCUGCUGGUCCAUGUUUUAGAUCUUUACCACCGAAAUAUAGACUCGAUGCUUCAGACGGAGAAAAUGUAGAUAUCGUCCACACAAAUAUCGAUGGAUUCGGUAUAGCGGAUCGUUUAGGUCAUGUAGAUUUUUACGUAAAUGGUGGCGAAUUUCAACCUGGAGACUUAAUAUUUAAUCCGUGUCUCACUAUUUGUAGUCAUGUUAAAUCAUUUCUUUACUGGUGGCAAGCUUUGGUGAACCCUAAAAUGUUUAUAGGUAUUAGGUGUAAUUCCAUCCAAGAUGCUAGAGUGGGGAAUUUUAAAGAGGACAGUGAGACGAACUUCUUAGGUGCCGAAACAAAUUUUUCAAGACCUGGUAUUUAUUAUUUGGGUACGUUAAAUAUUUUCCCUUAUUACAGAGGGGAAGAUGGCUUGAAGCCUGAAAAUGAAAUUUUUAAGUCGGGAAAUAAAUUUAUUAAUAGUGAUGACAUACUUGAAGUAUGAUUUAUGUUUUUUUAAUUUUUAAUUCUAAUUACAUAGAAACAUAGUAUCAUAUCUUAUUUUGCACUAAACCUAUUAAUUUUGUUAAUACAUUCUGUACCUAAGUCUCAAUGGUUAAGUAAUGAAUGUGGCUAAUGAUAAAAAUAUUGGUGUGUGAGUAAUAUUAGUAGUGCUUUUAACUUUAACCCUGUCUGUUGUACUUUAAAACAUUUUUUUUUAAUUGUAUUUUUAUGCAACAAUGUUUAAAUUAAUAAAUACUGCUGAGAUUAUCAGACAUUAUAAUUAAUAGGUAAUACUGAUCGCUAUCGUGAACAAAGAAAAUGCGUGUCUUGGUCACUCAUUUUGUUAAUCUAUACUAUUAUGUAAGCGUUUGCGAGUUUAUAUGUUUGAGGCCGGUAAUCUCCGAAAUCACGGAACCGAUUAAAAAAAUUCUUUCACCAUUAGAAAGGUUCAUUAUCCAAGAUUGCUAUAUUUUGUCUCAAAAUUUCGGCGAAGUCCCGGGCAACAUCUAGUGGCAAAUAAAAAACAAAGUGGGCGUCGUGUCGUAUCACGAAGUGAAGGAAUUAGUUACGGGGAGAGAGGGAGAGCAAUUGAAGAAGAAACUUUACCGUCAAGAGUCUCGCUCUUAAAUUAGACGAAGGUCAAUGGUGCAUGCCACAUUUAUCUUGAGAAUUAUCUCCUAAAGUGAUCGAAACGUCCACAUCUCCGUCGAUUAAUAUACAUGUGUAUUUUAAAUUAUACCUAAUGUCAAAUAACAUCAGCAUAUUGUGCAAACUCUUUGAUUUCCUCUCAAGCGGGGUGAAUCAAUAUUUAUACGUAAAUAAAAAAAGAAAACAUGAUAUUAUUCUUUUAUAAAAAGGAUAUUCGAUUGAAGUAUUGAAAGUAGGUACUUAUUUCGGGAAUAAUAAUUGGGAACCGCUGGAAGCCGCAGUGUAGGGUGACAAUGAAAUUUUGAUUUUAAUAAGAUAAUUACAAAACAAUAAAUAUUUUAAUAAAUCAUCAAUUAAUGAUGAAAUUACGGAUAUGAUUUGUUAUAUUUGCAGCAUUUCAGUGUUUUCCAUUUACUUUUUAGCUAUAUCUUGGUUUAUAUACUCAUUCCGUCUCUGCUUCGGUUUUCUUUUAAAUUAUAAGGUCUUACAAUAAAUAUCAAAAUUUUAACAUUUGCUAAAUUACUAACUCGGAUCAUAAUAAACAAUUGACAAACAAUUUAUAUCUAAACACGGAAUGUUUAAAACAAUGCGUAUAAAAGUGUUACACUUAAAACAUUAUUUGUAUUUUUUUACUGCAUUGUAUCUAGUGUCAUUCGCCGCAGCAGUGACAGUUUUGUAUAAAUAUAAAGUUUUAUACUAUGUAGUGAUGAUAGGGAUCGGUUUAAACGAAUACUUCAUUUGUUAUUAAUAAAAUUCAACAGAAAGUGUAAAGUGAAGUACGAGAUAUUCAUAUGCACUUGUUCCGAAUUUCCGCGGAGUCGUGGACGCCCUACAUGUGUGUUGGGAAAUUGUUGUAAUUUAUAUUCGACAAACAUCUGGUUAUUUAAGAGACCGUGGGGUGCCUGGUCGAUGCCCUGCAGUUGCUUAAUUAUAUUUUAUUAAAAACAAUAUGUGUCUUCCACAAAACGUUUGCUGGGAAAUUUUGUUACUGCAUUAAGAUUCUAUAGCAUUAGGUGUGCAAACUGUUGUGAUAGGGUGUUCAAAAUGUAAAAUAAAUUUUGAAACAUACCAUAUACAAUACCAUAGACUAGAUGUUGCCCGGGGCUUCGCUCCCGUGGGAAUUUUAAGAUAAAACAUAGUCUAUAGCAAUCUUGGAUAAUGUACCUUUCGAAUGGUGAAAUAAUUUUUGAAAUCGGUUCGGUAGUUUCGGAGAUUACCCGCCUCAAACAUCACAAAAUCACAAACGCUUAUCUCUUUAUAAUAAUAGUAUAGAUAGAUUUUGGAAAUGAUUCAAUCCUCAAGAAAAUUGAUAGCUUGUAGAAUGACAGCGCGGCCGCACCGGUUGAAACUCUCUGAGAACCACCCGAACCCACAAACGCUUACCUCUUUGUAAUAAUGGUUAGAUGUUAAAAUUUAAAAGGAAUACUGAUUUUGUCGUUCUUGAUUCUAUAGCAUUAGGUUUGCAACCUGUAGUGAUUAAAAAUGUUCAAAUUGUAA